AACAGCCCAAAAUCAAACUCUCUGACUUCUGAUGAAAACCCCAGCGACGCUGAGAGGAACAUGGGAUGGGAAUGUCAAAGAUAUACCGGAAGCUCAGUUAUUCCUCGAACCCUAAUUUUCUCUAUUCUCUUUUUUAUCCAUCUCAGACUCUUCAUCUAUGUUCCUCUCCCAAGACCCUAAAAUUCACUGGAGGUUCUUGCUCUUGUGAAUCCUGUGUUGGAAGCAACUACAGUCGUAAAUUUAAUGCCGGCGACGGUGACUGUUCUUCGCACAUUCUUUACAGAAAGGGGCCUAAUUUGAAUAGAUCGAGUUCAAUCCCUUCUCAGAAUCCAGCAUUUUUAUUAUAUCUACGUUCAGAAACUGGAGUGUGCAAUAGAAGUGCCAACUCUGGAAUCAGUAGUAGAUACUUUGUCUCUAAGCUUGCAUAUCUGGAACCCCUUAAUAGUGUUUCUCGAUCAUUUUCGACGUCUUCUGUAGGCGUUUCUCCUUCACCAGCGUCAUUGGAAAGCUCAAAUUCUAGUGAAACACCUGGUCAAGGGGCGUGUAGGAUAGGUGUUCGUGAUAAGUCCCAAGAGAGUAGAUCAAGUUUUACUCUUCGAAAAAGUAAAAUAAAUGUCAAGGGUCAAACAACUAGAUGGAAUGCCGAGCAUAAAAUUUCUGCUCACAAGCCGAGCCAAGAAGUGAUUGAAUUUGUCGAGUUGAUUAAACGAGGGGAAGACUAUAUGAAGUCGAAGCUCAGUCAGAGCAGUGUAAAAAUAUCCCCUGCUUUGGUUUGCGAGGUUAUCCAGGUCUUGAACUCUAGUAGAGUUCCGGCUUUACAUUUCUUCAAUUGGGUUAGAGAGGCUCAGCCCGAACUGGACCGUAGUUCUCAUAUAUGGAGCCUGAUUAUUGCUAAUCUUGGUGGCUUGGGAAACUAUGACUCGAUGCUUCGUUUGUUGAAAGUUCUUUCAGAGAAGAGGAUUUGUCUGACAGAGAAGGCAUUUGGGUUUCUGCCUGUUUGUGACAAGGAUAGGGCUUCGGUUAGGAGCUCUGUUAAAAAAGUGACAGAUAUGUUAAUUGAAGUUGGAGGCUCAUGUUGUGGCUCUGGCACUUAUGCCCUGAUUAAGAUGCUAUGCACUUCGAAUGCCUUUGACAUGGCAACCUUUGUGAUGGAGGAGACAGCUAGGAAGACAUCUUACUACAACAUAAUGAUUUGGGCAAAGUGUAGGAGUGGCAAUUUUCAAGCAGCACGGGAUAUGUUGGAUCAGAUUAGGAAAUUUGGUUGUCACCCGAAUGCCAACUCUUAUAAUUACUUGCUCAGUGGACUCUGCAAGAAUGGCAGUAUUGUUGAGGCUUGCAAUCUGCUUAAUGCAAUGGAAGAAUCAGGGUAUAUUCGAGAUGCUGUAACCUUUGAAGUGCUUGUGUUUCAUGCAUGUAGACUUCAAAGGUUGGAUUUUGCAAUGGAGUUCCUUAAUCAGAUGAUGUCAUGUGGUCUGGAACCUCGUCUCCAUACACAUGCUGCCUUCAUCAAGGGCUACUUUGGUGCUGAAAGAUUCCAGGAGGCUCAUAAAUAUGUCGUUGAUAUGAGUAAAAGGUACAAAUCUUCAGCCAAUAUGAAUUACAGUUUGCUUGCAAGCCUUCAUCAGCAGAAAAGGCAUGUUGUCGAAGCCCGAGAGAUUCUUGUUGAAAUGAUGGAGAAGCGUCUGAAGCCCAACUUUCCAAUUUACCAGAAAGUAAUGAAGGAUCUUUUUAAGUUAGGGAUGAAAGAUUUGGUUGCAGAUUUAAAGAGCAGAUUCUCAAAGUUCUAAUCAAGUACAAAAGCUGGAUGAAUCUGCUCUGGGGGGAGUAGUAUGUUCCUAUCUUCUUAUGAGCCAAUUGAUUGAUAUCAAUUAGGCUUUCCAGGAAUACAUGCUGGUGAAUGAAGCAAUUUCUCUUCAUGAUUGGAUUGACAUUCUGGUGAGUGGUGAGUUAGAUGAGUUUGCUGUUGCAAUAAUCUGAAAAAUUCAUUUUCCUCUACUUCUGCUAUUUGUCUGCCCAUCAAAUAGGUUCUGUUGUUGUCAGUAGAAAAUAGGUAACUGAAUACGGAUAUUUGGUCAAUUGAGUAUCCAAUCUGGUGGCUAUUUUUGUGACAAAAAUUGAAGGCUACCAGUUAGUUGUAAGGUGUUUCUCCUCCGCGUAUU